AUGAUUGUUUCUGCAAUGUACACGAAAUAUCUCCAAGCCGCCCUCCUCGCACGGGCCUCCUCGCUUCCCCCUUCUCGCACGGGCCUCCUCGCUUCUCCCUUCCCUCUCCCCGCGCCGCCGCCCGCCGCCGCAGCCUCCCACCUCGCCGUGCCCAGGAUGUGGGGCAGCACCGACGGCGGCACGCCGGAGGUCACCCUCGAGACCUCCAUGGGCGCCAUAACAGUCGAGAUGUACUAUAAGCACGCACCCAAGACCUGCCGGAACUUCGUCGAGCUAGCGCGGCGAGGCUACUACGACAACGUCAUCUUCCACCGCAUCAUCAAGGAUUUCAUUGUGCAAGGUGGGGAUCCUACGGGAACCGGCAGAGGUGGUGAGUCCAUCUACGGAGCAAAGUUUGAGGAUGAGAUAAAGUCAGAGUUGAAGCACACUGGAGCUGGAAUUCUGUCCAUGGCAAAUGCUGGUCCAAAUACAAAUGGAAGCCAGUUCUUCAUAACUCUCGCACCUUGUCAGUCUCUUGAUGGAAAGCAUACAAUUUUUGGGAGGGUAUGCAGAGGAAUGGAAAUCGUUAAGCGCCUUGGAAGUGUGCAGACCGACAAGAAUGACAGGCCCAUCCAUGAAGUAAAAAUCCUUCGAGCCAUCGUCAAAGAUUGAGUUGAAGCAUCACGUGCCGAGUUUGGCUCUUUGAACUAUGUUUGUGUUGGUUUAGGUUUAAUGUUCCUAGGAGUGGUGCCAUGCGAAAAAAGAUUGCGAAAUGGCACGGUCCUGGCUUGAACGACUGUUAUAGUCGAAAAUUCAGCUAUUGAUGAAUCUCAUCUCUCGAUCUGUCUGACCUGAAAACCUUUUUUUAGAUUGGCCGGGAUUUUCAGUCAAUCAUAUCAUUUAUUGUACUAGCAUGGAUUUGAAGCGGCGACGGGGCUUCCUGUGUGUCCUGA